UAUUUUGUCAAGCAUUUUUCAGUCCAAAUUAUGCUAGAAAAUGUAAACUUUUGACUUCAUCAGUACUGAUAAGUAGGAUCUAGUUCGGUAUAUUAUAGCUGAAUUUAUGCAACGAAUUUAACUGACAACACUCUGUAGCUAAGAAUAGCCCAGAUCCAAGUAACACUGCGGUGGGCAAUACCUUAAAUAGGCAGCAGAAUUUUUCAGAUUCACCAGACGAACCCAAAGCGUUGAAUGACGCACCACACGAGACCACCCAUCCAUCAUCAGCAUAUAAAAAGCACUGCGGGAACCGCGUACAAAUCACUGCACCAAGAGUGCUGCGCGUCCCCUUCCGCCGUCCUGCCGACCACAGCACCAGCCGUUCUGGAUGAUACCAGCAAGGAGCAUGGUGGUGAACACAACUGAUAAAGCUCUUCUUUCAGUUGAUGGCACCGCGAUGCUCUCCUGUUGCAGCUAUCACUCCGAAGGCACCGCAACAGUUGAUAUGCAUUUGCAGUGCGCGUCGCACUGGAGACAACCACAGACAAAGAUGCGAGUGGUGCGCUCCGCCAGCACUGGAAAGCGACCCUCGUCGUCUGAACGCAAAUCCCGGAGAUCUCUGGAUCCUCUCUCCGCGCCUCAGCUCCAUAAAACAAACCACAUGAGAUAUGAGAGUAAAAACGACGAGCUGGUCAGCGUAAAACCAAGUCAUUACCGGCGCAUAGUUGUGCUCGGCGCGCCCCGAGUGGGUAAAACGGCGAUUAUCCGCCGUUUUUUGGGUGAUGAUGGAUUCGAGGAACAGUACGAGCCAACGACCGAAGACUUUCACAGCAAACUGUACCACAUCCGUGGAGAGCGAUACCAGUUAGACAUCCUGGACGCGUCCAAAGAGAGAGACUUUCCUGCCAAGCGAAGACUGUCUAUUCUGACAGGUGACAUAUUCCUGCUGGUGUUCAGUGUGACUGAUCGAGAGUCUUUCACGGAGAUCUGCUCAUUACGCGAGGAGAUUUUCACUGCCAAAUCCAAGUUGACCAAGUCCAAAGAAAACAGACAGCUUCCGCUUCUUAUCUGUGGUAAUAAAACUGACUUAAACUCCUCGAGAGCUUUGCAGCACUCUGAUAUUCGCCAGUCUCUUGGGGAGGACAGUGUCCUUUUUGAGGUGUCUGCUAAAGAUUGCACCAACCUGGAGGAGAUGUUCGAGACCUUGGCGGUGUUGGGAGGGCUCCCCACAGAGACCAGACCCUCUCUCCAUCGAGACAUCUCCAUCCACACGUAUCAAGCGCUGAGCAGCAGAAAGAGAAACAAAAGAGCCGUGCAUGAGCCGUGUGGCGCGGUGCAUCCGCUCGCCCGCAGACCGAGUUUCAGCAGCGAUCUGCGGCGCGUGAUGGGCCCGAGCACAGGUAAACGAAGUACACCUAUUGAGAGGUGUCAAAUACAGUAAAAGAGUAACGCUAGGGACUCUGUUUCAAACCUAUGAAUAAUAAUUAUUCAACUACGUAAGAAUUAUUACAUUCUAAGUCCCUGGCUGGACCUGAGGACAGAUUCUACACAUUGACAAAGUAUUUGUGAAAUGUAUUUAUUGUAACCCUGUUGGAAAAUCGGGCUUAAGAUAGUAUAGCUGGUCAAAAUUGGUCAUUAUCCGGCCAUAUUAAUUGUUUUUUAGCACACUGUGGCUGGUUAACAUGGAAGCCCG